AUGGAAACGACAGCAAACCAAAUCCUGACGGACAAAACAAUCAACCCACUGUUCCAGAGAGCCUAUAAUGUCAGAGGAUGGAUCAAUGCCCGGGCUUGCGAAAUAAAACACGAAAUGGCGCUGGUGAGUGCUGGUGCGUUCCUUCAGGUUCUUUAUGUAUUCCAAACCUACGAAACAAUUUUGAUCGCCUGUUGCUUUAUUUUCCAAGUUUCGUCAUGACAAGAAGCAACACCUGUCACAUCAUUGUGGCCGUUCAAUUACCUUGGUACUAACUAAUACACUGUUUUGAAAAGUUGUGAUUUGCAUGAUUCACUCCUAUGUUAAGGUUACUUCACACCUUCAGAGGCCGAAAAAAUCGAUUCUUUCUUCUGUUUGAGUAAACUGAAUUCAAACUCUCGAUUUUCAUGUUAUUUUCAUAGUUUGCCCACAUCGUGCACUUUACAAAAUUCACUCAUGGAAUCUCUUUGAUUAAGGAAAAAAUCGUUGCUAAAACAAAAAUCAAAAGCGGAAGAAAGCCCUCGGUAAAAAAGGAGAAAAAAAACAGGCUCAAAGAAGAACGAAAGUUUUGUCAAGAUAAGAAAAAAAUCCCUUUUAAAGCGAUUGGUAGUGGCGGAGGUCCACGCUGGCGUCCAGAUUUCGAACAUAGAAGUCGCCGUCAAACCAAAAAUUGCCAUCCAUGAUGUUAGAAACGAGGUUUCCUUUUCUGUAUACAAGUAACAGCCUUGGUACAAAAACAUUAACAAUCAUCUCGAAUGGUAAUUUUGAAAGCUGUAUAUCUGUCUCAAUCAUCAGCACAUUUUCCGGUUUUCCUCAUUUGCUUCGGGCAACUUUGCUCAUCAUCAGGGAUCUUUGGCAAACCACCACGGCGACGGCAACGAGGACGUGGCAAAACAAAGAUUUAAUGAGCUCAAAAAUAGUUUAACGUGAGCGCCUUAAAACUGUGUACAUUUCUUGGCCGUUCUCUGCGAAACAAUAACGUGAAACCAUCAGAAUUUUCGUGGUCUGAGAAAGGAAACCCUGACAGAUUAUUUGAGGGUAACUUUCGUCGCUAUAAGAGAUGAUAAACACAUCCAGUCAUUCGCGAAAUUUCAACUAAAAAUAUGUAUUCAUUUUUAAAUCGACGUCCUUUACAGUUUGAAAACAAUUUAAUUAACUCGAAAAUCAGUGUCACCGCUGACACAUUAUCUGAGUUUUCUUUCUAUGAUAUCCUAAUUAGACCGAAAAAGGAGGGAGAUUUGGAAAAGUUAGAAGUAUAUUAUAUUUUUCAUGUAAAUGCAUCAGAUGACACGCGCCAUGAAUUAUACUUGUUAGUUUACUACAGGCGACCUAAGCUCCAGUGGUGAGAUGAUCAACUUGCGAAAUAAGAGUCGUAGCGGUCACGUCUGGUCUAAACUGGAAAUUUCUGAAGCAAAUUGCGGCGUAGCGUCGGUUUUACGGAGAAGAUUAAGUUUGUAGUGAAUUGAAAUGAAACUACAAUAUAUGUGCUUGGAUUCUUCGUUGGAUUUGUGGCUGCCCGGUCGUUUAAAGAUUGGAUUUUUCGCUUCUCGGAUCGAGCGUUCGGACUCUUAUGUACGUAGUAAACCUAGAUAUGGAUAACUCGCUAAAAUGGGUUAUUUUCAAACAUAGUAAGCGGGCAGAUAAAAAGCGAUGCACUGUGGAAGUGAGGUGAGGUAUUUUUAGUGAGAAUUUGACUGAUUUUAUACCAAUGAAAGCGCCUUCGCACUCAGCCUCGUCCUCACGCCGUUAUUUCGGUACCAGAUCACUGAACCGCGAGAACUCGGAAGAAAUCGCAAAUUACAGAUCUCUAUUUUUCAUAUCAUCAGCAUAUUUCCAUUUCUCAAAUUACAGAUCUCUAUUUUGCAAAUCAUUAGCAUAUUUCCAUUUCGCAAAUUGCAGAUUUCUAGAAAUCUCCAAAUUGCGAAAUCUCCACUACGUUCGUGGAUAACUCAAUGCGUCGUUUAGGCCAUAGAGCGUAAAAGUAAUAGGCCACUUCCGAGUUCUCGCGGUUCAGUGAUCUGGUGCGAAGGCACUUUCCUCGGUAUAAAGAGAAAAGGGCAGUGGUAGAGAAAACUAGCGAAAAUUUCUCGAAUUUCAAAGUGGGAGAGGAAAAAAAUUAGUUGCGAGGGAGACAUUAAGUAAAGUGAUGGCGGCUGUAUUGCUUAAUAUGUCAUCUACUGCGCUAGCUAAUUAAGGCCACAAUUUUCAAUUCAUUAAUACUAAUCGCAUAACGUGAUGACGUCAUAAACGGAAUUCACUGCAUUACCACUUGCUAGUCAGAAGAACUGUGAGACACCACUGGAUUUUGAACGCAACUACUCCAAGCAUUAUUCAAUAAAGGAGCUGUUUAAAACCGUGGACUGAGUUAAUCUUCGACUGGCAAAAUAUUCAAAAUCCACGGUGGUCUGCUACAAAGCGACAACUGGAUAAGCGAAGAUGGAAAACGCAGCCGAAAUCGAGAAGGCUAAAGGCAAGCGUACAACAGCUAAAGGAAGAUUCAAAAGAAAGAAGAACUUCCUCACCAAGUCGAUAGACAAUAACCAAGGCGUAGAAAUAGUUGAAACAAACUAUGCGAAACUCGCGGAAGCGUACGAUGAACUCGAAGGAAAACAUGAAGCCUACAUCGAGCUAUUGCCAGACGAUCAGUCUGAAGAAGCAGAAGUGUGGAUGACAGAAGUCCAAGAGAAGUUUAAUGAGGCGACCAAUCGCAAAAUCAAAUAUGUGGAACAAAUCACUGUGAAAGAAAGAUCAACACGUGCGUACGCGGAGCGUCAAGAAUACAUUGAUAAAGCACGCACAAGACAGAAAACAGCGCGCGCAGUUUUCGAAGCUUCAUACAAAAGUAUCUCGCACGCGCUGCAAUCUAAAGAAAUUCCCAAUUUUGCAUUGAGAGAUUUACAAAUGCAAAUUGAAGAAGAAUUUUUGGAAUGCAAACGAUCAAACGCAGAACUACUACAAUUAUUAACUCAAGACUCAGCAGAAGCUGAAAUAAAUUGGAUCGCUACAAUCCAAACCUGUUAUCAUGAAAUAAAGGAGAAAAUAGCGCUAAGCUACACUAAUGUGGAAGAAGCUAAAGAAACAAAGCGGGAGUCUACCGCCUCAGCUUCCUUUCUACAACUAGAAAAAGUACGAAUGCCUCACUUUGACGGAGAACUACGCAAGUAUCCGCAAUUUAAAAGAGAUUUCCAGAAACAAGUUAUGACUCAAAUCCGAAAAGGUGACGCAGCGUACGUCCUACGCACCUGUCUUAAGGGGGAGCCAGCGAGAUUGGUGAACUACGUAGACGACGACAUAGACGAGAUGUGGCAUCGUUUAGACGACAAAUAUGGAGACCCAGCCAAAGUCGCCGAUGUCAUCAUUGACGAAAUAAAGCGAUUUAGAAUGCUCAGAGAAGGAGAAGAUAAACGCUUUAUAGAAUUUGUAACCCUCAUAGAGGAUGGUUAUCGUAACCUAAAAGGACUCGGCUUGGAAACAGAGAUCACGACCACAAGUUCAGUCAGCGUAAUUGAGAAAGCACUCCCGUCAGAUAUCAAACGGAAAUGGUCCGAACGGGUAAGCUCUCGUGACAGUCUUGUUGAUAAAAGCAACAAAUUUCCAAGUCUUCUCGACUUUCUACAGAGUCAAAGGGAUGCCAUUGAAUACGAAAGUGCUACACUCCGUGCAGGAAGCAGCAACCAAUAUCACAAGGGCGCAGCACAUUACUCGGAGGGUAUCACAGUUGGAAAAGACGAAAGUAUCAAAGAACCUAGGCCUAAGUGUCUGAUUCACGAGAGUGGUAAGCACUGGACGUCAAAUUGCCGACUUUAUCAAGCUAAGACAGUCGACGAAAAAAGGGAUUUUCUCAAAGAAAAGCAAGCAUGCUGGGCUUGUCUUAAGCCUGGUCACAGGCAGCGGACUUGUAGGAUAAAAAGAGAUUGCGGCGUGAAUGGCUGCACGAGGAAACAUCACCCAUCAAUUCACGAAAACGAUGAAAGUACACCCCAGCAAGCUUCUGCCUCCGCCAAUGUAUGCAGCGACUCCAACGUCGAUACAUGUCUUCUCAAGUACAGAGAGUAAAACCAGGAAGGGGACAGCUAAUGUAAUGUGGGACAACGCAGCCUCACUUUGCUUCAUAACCAACGCUAAAGCGAAACAAGAGAAACUCAGUGGAGUCAAAGUGAAUCUUUCAAUAGUGAAGAUAGGAGGGCAGAACGAGGAAAUCGAAACAAUGAAAUACAAGCUGCCACUUUUGGACAAGCGAGGUCAAGCCGUGGAAUUCGAAGUAUAUGGGAUUAACAAAAUCACCUCUGAUAUCGAGCAUGUAAACGUAGAGAGCAUCGCCCACCUAUUUAGAAACGUUUCAAAGGAUGAAAUAACGCGACCCGCUGGUCCAGUUGAUGUGUUGAUCGGUUAUGAAUACGCCGCCUUUCACCCGGAAAAGGAACAGAAUAAUGGGCAUCUUGUACUACUGAAAAAUCGUUUUGGAAGAUGCGUUGGAGGAACUCACCCACUGCUUAAAGAAACGCGCAUGACCCAUAAUCUUGGAAACGCGAGAGUACACUUUGUAGGCAAAAUCAAUGUCGAAGAUUUUUACACAAUCGAGGCACUUGGUGUACAGUGCAAACCGAAGUGCGGGGGAUGCAAGUGCGGAAAAUGCUCCUUGGGCGCCAAAGAUUAUACCAUACAGGAAGAAAGGGAACUGGAGUUAAUUGAGCGGAAUUUACGUUUCAACAGUGAAGAGAACUCAUGGACCGCUGAAUACCCCUGGAUAAAAGACCCCCAUAAGCUUCCUAACAACCGCAAAGUAGCGAUGGCGAAAUUAGCUGCUACCGAACGACGACUCAGAAAGAACGCAGAUCACGCGAAAGUGUAUGACGAACAGAUAAAGGACAUGGUGGCAAGAAAUGUGGCAAGAAAGCUAUCCGAGGAAGAAUUAACAAACUACACAGGCCCUACGCAUUACAUUGCCCAUCACGAAGUACUCAAACCAGAAUCGAAAUCUACUCCAGUCCGUAUAGUUUUCAACAGCAGUGCGAACUAUAUGGGGCACGUAUUAAACGAGUAUUGGGCAAAGGGUCCUGACUUGCUCAACAACUUGUUAGGCGUCUUGAUACGCUUUAGAGAGAACAGAGUUGCUUUCAUGGGAGACAUUAGGAAAAUGUACCACACAGUGAAAACGUCGGAGUUAGACCAACAUACUCACCGAUUUCUUUGGCGCGACAUGGAUAGUACGAGAGAACCAGACACCUAUAUAAUACAGCGAGUGUCAUUUGGAGAUAAACCGUCCGGCACGAUCGCCACUGUAGCAUUGAGAAAAACGGCAGAGAUGAUGCGCAAGAAUUAUCCGGAAGCAGCAGACAUAAUUCAAACCAACACUUACAUGGACGAUAUCAUCGAAAGCAAAGAUAACAUUGCACUGGCCCGUGACCUUAGCCAAGACAUAGAGAAAGCUAUUAUUAAAGGAGGAUUUCAAGUUAAAGAGUGGAUAUUCUCGGGAGAUAUUAACAAGCAAGAAGAAACGAUCAUGGUACAGACACCGCAUACGUCGACCGAAAAGAUACUUGGGAUCAAAUGGAAUCCAUGUGAAGAUCAGCUAUGUUUUGAAGUCAAGAUCAAGUUCUCACCAAAAAGAAAGAGAUAUGCUUUACAAACAAAUAACGUAACCACAGAUUUUCCCCCUCAACAACUCACGAAGAGGAUGAUUCUCUCACAGAUCAAUAGUGUAUAUGAUCCUCUCGGACUAGCUGGACCGUUCACUGUAAGAGCGAAGAUUCUAAUGCGGCACUUAUGGGGAAGUGAACAGAAGCUUGACUGGGAUGAUCCCAUUCCUGAAGAGAAUAGAGAGAACUGGAUAACCUUCUUCAAAGAUUUAAAAGACAUGGAUCAAGUACGAUUCAUGAGAUGCGUGAAGCCGUCGGAUGCAGUUGGAAAACCUAUUCUCAUUAUAUUUAGUGAUGCAUCUCAAGACGCCUACGCUGCAUGCGCGUAUGUACGCUGGGAACGGAAAAAUGGUCAAUUUGAAAGUAACUUGAUCAUCUCUAAGAAUCGCCUAGCUCCAAUCAAAAAAUAUCUAUCGAUCGUAUCGAACUAUGUGGAGCAGUAUUGAACAAACGUCUCAAGAUCUUCAUAGAGAAAGAAUGUAGAUACCAAUUUCAAAAAAAAUCUAUCACAUUGUUGACUCACAAAUAGUACAUGCUAUGAUACAGAAAAAUUCCUACGGUUUUAACACCUUCGCUGCCACAAGAAUUGGAGAAAUACAAGAAGGAACAAGCCAAACAGAUUGGUACUGGAUAGAGAGCGAACACAACAUCGCUGAUUGUCUCACGAGAGGGAAGAAGCCUAGCGAUAUCGGGCUCGAAAGCGCAUGGCAGAAAGGACCCGAAUUCCUACGACAACCAGAAGAUGAUUGGCCAAUAACUCGCAAUUAUUUAGAAUCACAAUUACCAGACCGAGUCAAGACGGCACUGGCUAUAAAAAUCGAAGGAUUUCAGGAUACCCUUGCAGGAAGGAUUGAUAUCACCAAGUACUCAAAUUAUAACAAGCUCUUAAGGGUGACGGCAAGAGUUCUGAAACUCUAUGACAAAAACGCAACACGUGAUCUCACACCACAUGAUUUGGAAAGGGCUGAAUUAUUUUGGAUACGAGAAGCUCAACAAGACAUGGGGAAGGAUAUCGAGAACGGGAAUUACAAAAGAUUAUGUCCUAAGAUGCGAGAAGAUGGUAUAUAUGUGAUUAGAGGACGAAGCGAGUUAUGGAUGGAGAUGAGCUACAACAAGAGAGAAGUAAUACUCCUUCCAUACGAUCACCCAUUCUCACGUUUAUUUACAGAGCAAAUACACAGAAAAGGGCAUCAUGGGAUAUUAACUACAGCCAGCAAAGUGCGUACCAGGUACUGGAUCCCGAAACUGUUGAAACUUGUGCAAUCAAUCAAGUCCAAAUGCGUCGUUUGUAGAAAACUUGAUAAAAAGUCAGUGAACAAGUAAUGGGCAACCUUCCAACUGAAAGGCUGAAACCAGCCCCUCCAUGGAGCAGUACAGGCAUCGAUUUAUUUGGACCUUACAAGAUUCGCGAUGAAGUAAAGAAAAGAACAACAUCUAAGGCGUAUGGAGUGAUAUUCAACUGUCUAGGGACAAGAGCAGUUUACUUGGAUAUAGCAGCAGACUAUAGUACAGACAAAUUCCUAAUGGUCUUCAGACGAUUCGUGUCACUACAUGGUUACCCAUCUAAGCUAUUCUCAGAUAACGGUAUCCAACUCGUCGCAGCAAAUAAAGAGCUUUCUAAUAUGACCAAGACUUGGGAUUGGAAUAAACUAAAAGGUUUUGGCAUAACUGAGGGAUUUGAGUGGAUCUUUACAUCCGCAGACGCACCCUGGCAGAACGGAGUCACAGAAGCUCUCAUAAGAUCUGUAAAACGAGCUAUUAACGCUUCUAUUGGCGAUAGUACCUUAACAUUCUCAGAGUUACAAACAGUACUUUACGAGGUCGCCAACUUGCUGAAUGAAAGACCAAUAGGAAGGCACCCUGCGUCACCUGAUGACGGUGCAUAUCUUUGCCCAAACGAUCUUUUGCUUGGUAGAGCAACGGCACGAAUACCAAGUGGCAUGAACUUUGACGAGCGAGCGAGUAAUAGAAAACGGUUUUCGUUCGUACAAACGAUAAUAUCUUCUUUCUGGAAGAAGUGGACGCACAAUUACUUUCCCAGUUUGCUGAUACGUCAAAAAUGGCAUACAUCCCACCGUAACUUAAAAACUGGAGAUAUCGUUCUUAUACAGGACUCGAGCUUGUUAAUAGGAAAAUGGAAGAUCGGGAGAGUUUCUAGUACAUAUCCAGGAACGGAUGGGAGAGUCCGGAAAGUAGACGUCGAAUACAAGAACAUAACAAAUGAGCCUGUAACUAAAUAUAAAGGAAAAGGCUAUAUAAGUGUACAGCGACCAGUACAGCGCCUAAUAUUAAUACUGCCUAUUAAUGAACAGUGACUGAACUCUUAAAUUUACUUGUAAAUCGUAUACUUACUAUACCUCAUUUCAGAUGGGGGAGUGUAUUGCUUAAUAUGUCAUCUACUGCGCUAGCUAAUUAAGGCCACAAUUUUCAAUUCAUUAAUACUAAUCGCAUAACGUGAUGACGUCAUAAACGGAAUUCACUGCAUUACCACUUGCUAGUCAGAAGAACUGUGAGACACCACUGGAUUUUGAACGCAACUACUCCAAGCAUUAUUCAAUAAAGGAGCUGUUUAAAACCGUGGACUGAGUUAAUCUUCGACUGGCAAAAUAGCGGCAAAGGAAAAAAAAUACAGAACUUUUUUAUUCAUGCAAGAAAGCUGCAGCAAUGAAGCAGACCAAAGUUGCCUCUACUGUCAGACCGCAAAAAAACUGUUGGAGAUGAAAUUACAAACAAGUGAGGGCAAAUCUUUAGUACCAAAAAUUUUUAAUGCUUGGACGUACCACUAAUUUAACAUUCCAAAGCUCUCGUGCCUCGUUUGUUUUGAAGUCAUUAUUAUACCGUAGUUUUACUUCUUGCUGAAUCGUAACGAGGGCUUACUAUAGUUUUCGAAACAAAAUUGAAACCUGUAGAUUGUUGAAUGAACUCAAACUCUGUAAUCUUCGAAAUGGAAAAUGUGUAGAUCUGUAAUUUACAUCAAUAGAAUUGCAGAAAACUUAAGGCCACCAACGGCAAGGAUGAACCUACAUAACCUUGCAAAUAAUAACAACUUGGGAAAGAACGAAAGGAAAAUCUUCGUGGUGCACUUUGCAAAAUAUUCACUUGUCCGUUUACGAUGAAUAAUUCGAAUGCGUGACAUGACAUUUUACUACAAAUGUCACGCAUUCCACCUCAGCAGGAAAACAUAGAAGCUAUAUCUCAUACCAUUGCCCUUAAUUACAACAAAAAUAUUCAGAGAUGGAUGAAAUGAGAAAAAUGUUCAGUUUAGGUUUCAAAUGCUAUUUAUAGUUAAUAUUAUAUGCUAAGUUGUGUUUCCAAUUUACGCUAGUGACGAACAGACCGAUUUAUCAUUCUGGCCCAGUUGUAUAAAAGGCGGAUAACGCUAACCAAUGGAUAAAUCGCUAUCCAGCGGAUAAGUGAUAGCAAAACGUAUAGCGUUAUCUAACGGAUAGAGUUUUAUCCAGUGGAUAGCGUUAUCCAACCUUCGAACAACCGGGGCCUGGCCGGUGGAGUUUACCGCAUGGAUUCUCGUUUUGUCAGAAGUAAUGGGCUCCUGGUUUUGUACAUUACAGAUUUUUAUUUCGCAAUUUUGCUAAUUUUAGAUUUUGAGCUCAUUAAAGGGUUUUCAAUUCGUAUCGUUAAGAUCGUCUCGCAAUUACAGUUAGCCCUUGCUACGAAUAAGAGAGAAAAAAACAAAAACUAAAUGAUGACAAUAAGAAACUUAGGCCAGGCUUGGCCAGGCUGCACGUGGACGCCGAACGAAAACUCUGGAAGGUUACAGAGGUUGUGCAUCCAAGCAUCCAAAAUUUUAGGAACUAGAAAUUUUCCCUGACUUGUUUGUAAUUUCUCCUCCAACAGCUCUUGCGGGCUUCAGCAGAGGCAGCUAGUUGGAUUUGCUUCAUUACUGCAGCUUUCUUAAAUCGAACAGUUCUGCUUUUUUCUUUCCUUUGCCGCCAUCACUUAGCUGUGUGCCUCUCUCCCACAAAUAAUUUUCACUCUCCCACACUGGAUUUCGAGAAAUUUUCUUUCAUUUAAUUUUCACAACCACGGCACUUAACUCUUCCUACCGAAGAGGACGACUUACUAGCUAGCCCACAUCACUGGCUACUCGGGUUCAUGUUAACCCCUUCACACCUAGGGUCACAUAGUAGUUUACCUUACUGUCUGUCACACAAUUCUUGUGAUGUGAGUUUGGAUGAUUUGUUAUUGGAUUAACUAAUAAUCCUCUUAUUUAUGUUUUUCUUUAUUCUCAUCAUUUUUCAUUUGUCUGCUUGAAACUGUACUGAUGUUUUAAGGAGAAAUUUUGUCUUGAAGACUCAUGGGAGUUACAGGGUUAAGAGUGGUAAAGAUUUCCUCACUUUGUCGUCUUCGGAAAAUCUUUUUGCUUGUCUUGAGCUGAUAUAAUUCAUUUGUCUAGUCUGUAAUGUCAUUAAUUGUUCGUAAAAUUAUCAUGUGUAAAGUCAGUUAUAUGAUCAGACAUUAAAAACUACAGAAUGAGUUUGUAUGAAAGCAUGGCAUUUUGUUCUGGGUUAGCUGUGUGAAAACUUACCCACAGUCAUCCAUAUGGUUUCGAUAUCACAUAGUCAUAGACCAGACAUGGCAAACUUUUCCGAAAGAAAACAAAAAAGCUGCAGAUUUAAGUACUAGAGAAUUCCUCUGAAACCCUAAAAUCACAUUAUUUUGUAGGGUGAAAGAAAACCAUUUGAUGAGGUUGUAAUACAUCGUGGAGACCCUCAUGCAUUUGGACAGUCACCUAUCACCUCUGUAAGACAGGUUAGUAAGCUGAUGCCAAGAAAGUUAAGAGCAUUUUAACUGACGCUCUAUGUUAAGUCGGUUAAAAUUCUAUCCUUACAAUUAACUGUUACAACUAAACUAAUUUCACAUCUGCCCCCUCUUUUGAGGGUCUCCCAUAGAUUUUUCGGGAUCCGGGAUUAGGCUUAUUUAGAGUCCGGGAUCCGGGAAUUUAAAGUUAGAAGGGAGCGAGAUGCAGGAUUGCUAUUAUGAACGGGACACGGAAAUCGGCGAUUCUGAGGAGCAGGAUUCGGGAAAUAAUCACUUAAACGAACCUAGAACCGGGAUGUCCGUUGACGAGAAUUUAUGAAGAAAUGGAUCUUCUCAGUCAUGAAAAGCACUAGGCAUACGGGCUCUCUUCAGUUAUUGCGCGGGAAUGAAAAUUAUAUCAGAAGUGAAGUUGCAAAUUUAUCAAAAAUCCUCAAUGGCCAACAGGGAAACGUAGUCUAAGACUGCUGCGUCAAUUGAAAUGUUUAACGGCGUUGAAAAACCUUCUGAAAGUCUCAGAAUUUUACCGAUAUGAUGCUCUCAAACUGUUGAGUUACAUGACUCUAGAUGUGAAGAAUAUUCACUCGGUUGUAUUUUUUAGUCAGAAUGGCGGGAUUGAAGAACCCCAUUGGGAACCCUCUCUUUUAUGAGCCCAUUCCUACAACGUUCCCUCUCAAAUUAGCCACUCUUCUAAACAACCCUCUCCAAAAAUGUCCCUUCUCUCUUCGCUGCUUACGGCUGAGCUUGAGUAAUAAAAUUAACCUUCUCCAUCAAAAUAGAAAAAAAAAACAAUUUAAUUCUUGAAGAAAGGUACUUUGAUAAGGAUUACUAAGAUGGUUAUUUGUAUCUUUAGUGUUUAGCCUGUCUCCUUUGUCCACAAUUUCUUGAUGACCCUCAAUUCCCUAAGGAUGUGAAAGAAAAGGCUCACAGAAUCCUAAAGGCAACACCAGGUUUUGCGAUAAGUAUGUAGCAAAUUCAUUUUACUACAGGCUCUAUGAGUAGAUUUUAUGAAGUUAUUUAAUGUUUUUGGGAUUUUGUUUUUUUUCCUUUUUAACCCUUUGCUUUACGUUUUGCUGCUUUGGGAUGUGAAAAGAAAGGCUCACAGAAUCUUAGGGCAACACCAAGUUUUGCCAUGAGUAGGUAGCAAAUUAAUUUUACUACAGGCUCUAUGGGUAAAUUUUAUAAAGUUUUUUUUUUCGGAUUUUGUUUUUUGCUUCUUUAAUCCUUUCCUUUACGUUGUGCUGCUUUGGGAGAAGCACUGUGCAGUUUGUUUUGGAUAUUUGGUUUUCUUGUGUGCUUUUCAACCUUCUUUCUUUUCGAUUUUAAAUUUUAUAAAUCUAUCAAAAGUAGUUUGUUAAUCUUUCUUGUUAGAUAUCUCAAUUUCAUAAGCCCCUGAACCUGCGGGCUUCAGUAUAGGAGGGAAAUUAUUGUAUGCUUAAUUCAUUUAGUAUAUACCAAACAUGCCAAUGGUGUUUUGAACUUUUUCAGUUUCUACGUGGUUCAUUCUAAAAUAAUUGUUCACCUCACUGUAGUGAUAAAGCUGGAAUAUUAUCCACCCUAGUAAAAAAUUAUCAAAUGUACUUUUAUCAAUCCUUUAUAAGUUUCAUUUGUUUACAGACUCCAUAUACUGUGUUCUUGCGAGAAAAAGUACUAAAAAAGACAGAAAUCAACUAAAUUUCACAGUUAUUUUUUGUGCUUAUAAAUGAUUUUAAAUAUCAAUUCACAUUGUUUUGGAGUACAUCACUAUCUAUAUAAUGUAUCUUUUAUUAGGUUCGUACACAGAUAUUAUUGGAUUAAGACUCAUUCGCGAGGAUGUAGCCAAAUACAUUUCGAGAAGAGAUGGUUACCCAGCUGACGUUGAUGACGUCAUUUUAACUGAUGGAGGGGCAAUAGGAAUCAAGGUUAGAGACCAGUACUCUUUCUACCGGGUUGCAGUUAAUCUGCCGAUCAAAGUCGUGUGUCUGCUCAGUUGUAUAUCACAGGUACAAAAACGUGAUGAAAGCGAAAUUUGGUUAAAACGAAAAAUGUGGUUUGGACAAGUUUGCCACUGUUGUUUGUAGCACUUUUUGGGCUCAUGUGUGCGCUUUAACUGAACAGAAACAAGGGAAAAUGGAACCCAUUUGUUUUUUACAUCAAACGAAAUUAGCAAAACAAAACCUUGCCCAGCUCCACUGAAAUUUAACGAGACCAUGAACAUUUCAGAGUAGCAACUGUUGCAGAUAUCAGUCUUUUCAAGUUACCUACAUGCCUCAGAUUGCAUCAACUUUACUUUUAAAACGAUGCAUAAUGUAGAGCAACGGUUGAGGUACGACGUCGAGAAAUCAUGUUAACAGUCCCAUUUAGGCUUUUCAGAUUCAAAGGAUGCGGAGAAGAAGGAAAAGAAAUCUUAGUAAGGUUGACAUAAGUAACGAAUUAUAAGGUCACUGUGUCUAUGUACAAUGUAGGCUACCCGCCUGCGUAGGGUGGCAGUGUUUGUAAAAAUUAGUUCUUUAAUUUAAAUAACUAGAAAUACUGCGAUUACCACGCAAGGUUUGUUUCAUCUCAGAGCAGUUUACAUUUUCUUCUAAAUUUUCUUCUACAGGUAGCCCUCGCAUCCCUUGGUACUGAUAUGCCGAACGGCAAACUUAAGCCAGGGCUCAUGAUUCCCAUUCCAGUUUUUCCUCAUUACAAGUCCAGGAUUGUAGAAUUCAACCUCUACGAGGUAAUGCUGACAUUGUGUUGAAUACUUACAAUCGGCAUCUCUCUAUUGAUUCAUUUGAAUACUCUUCAGUUUAUCGUUUCUUAUUCUUUGUAUCUUAGUGCUUCAUUAUUGGACAAGUAGAACUUAACAGAAGAAAAAAUUAGAAUAGAUAAAGGUCUGUUACCAAUCAGUGAUUCAUGUAAAUUACAGUUCAUAAGAGGAAUGACCCAGCUUAUGAUUGCUGCGCUAAAACUGAUCUUUCUAUUCAGAUCCCUUAUUAUUUGGAAGAAGAAAAUAACUGGUCUUUGGACAUCGGUGAAAUGAAGAAAGCCAUAGAUGAGGCCAGGCCGUACUGUGAACCAAGAGGACUAGUACUGAUUAAUCCCGGUAAUCCUACAGGUGAGACAUACGUUUGUAACCAUGGUAACUAGUGCUGUGGUUGGAGAUGAACCUGAUGAUGAAUGAGUGAAGUAGAAAACCUGAUGUUUUUUUUUGUUCUCGAGAGUAACCACUCCCAAAGGGGAAAUAAGAAAUAAUGAAAAUUGUCCAAACGUAACGCACGGAAAAAAAUUUUGGCUCGAGGUCAUGAUAUACGGACUGAACGCAGCGAGCAUAUUUACCCGUCCAGCCAGACCAAAGUCAGUCAUUAAGCAUUUUAUCACAUGACCACUUAGCGUUGAAAAUUUCGAAAAUUUGGUUCAGCCAUAGUAGGACGCGAUACACGGGCGCACGCCGGAGAACAACAAAAAAUAUUCUACUAUUAAAAAAAUUUUCCUUUGUGUUUUUCGAGUCAGAGCAAAUAAAUCACAAUUCAUUAAAAACGCGCCUAUGCUUUUACCCUUUUUUUCUUCAAGUUUUUGCAACAAAGCAGUGUUAGUGCAGGGCCGAAUGGCUUUUUCCGGAUCGACUCACGUCAAUCCGUCGUACAAACGUCAGCUUUCAACAUGGUUUUCUAUGGGAUUGCGCGCGCGGGGCCGUAUGGGUCAUAUGGUAAUUAUCAAUCAUUCACUGAAGUGGAGGUGAAUAGUGGUGGACACCUAUAGCUUGCCGCCUCGCGGCUCGGUAAAUAUCCACCAUUUGUUUUAGUAUAUAAUGCACAGAUACCGACAAAUUAGUUUAUUGCUGACAUGGUUUGAUGCUACUCUGAUUUAAAGAUUUAAUGAAUGUAACCUGACGAGGUGCAAAUAGGCGUCAGGAAAUUAGCCGCCAUUAGCACGAUUUAAAGGAGCGUGGGCGGAGUUGAUAUGCCAGGCUUCCAAACGAAGGCGCCGGUGGUAACGUCGAUAAGUGGUGAUAAUUUUAGACUUAUUCCACCGAUAAAGUUGAAUUUUCUUUUUGCAAAAGAAGACUCCUUUUUGAUGCUCUUUCAAACGUCUACUAAACUGACGUUUGGUCCGUCCGAUAUACUCGUUAUCACAAUUUACUCAGCCCUCCUGAGUAAAGUUUUAGCUACAGACUUUUUAUGGCAAAUAGGGUGGUGAGAAUCGAAAGCGAGAUAUUUGUCGUGGUGGGUAGGUUUACGAUAGACACUUGUCUCUAAAUUCCCUUGUUCCCCUCUGUACACAUUUAAAUCAAGAAAGGGCAAAUGUCUAUUCUUUUCAUGCUCAAGGGUGAAUUGGAUAGACGGCUCUCUUUAAUUUAAGUGCGAUAGGAGGUAUGAAGUGGCUAAGGCCCUUUGUUCGACGUCUUUAUUACCAUGUUGGCAAUGACAGCAGAGACGGGCGAACCCAUAUCUGUGCCAAAAACCCUUUGAUAGUAGGUGCCGUUGUAUGUAAAUUGCGUGGUUUUGAAGCAAAAAGACAGUAGAUUAAGAAUAUCCUCCACAGGCAAAGAAGUUCUCUAUUUAUUUUUAUAUUUAUUACAUUUUCAAUAUUGCCUUUUCGGCAGAACCUACACGUAGUUUAUUGACACAUUGUAAAAUUGGUAAAUAAUGGAUACUCGUGUUGGUGUUUUUAUAAUUCCUGUGUUGCCUCAACCGCCAUUUCGGAGGUCUCUUUAACCUGUGAUGGGCCACCCAUAUUAAUAGUCAUAGGAUGACCUUUUCGUCUAUCUUUCAUACUCAGGACAGAUUUUGAGUUACGACAACAUAAAGGAAGUCAUCAAGUUUUGUGCACGAGAGAAACUGGUUUUAUUUGCGGAUGAAGUGUACCAGGAAACAGUCUUUACAAAGGAAGUCCCAUUCCACUCGUGCAAAAAGGUUCUGAGGGACCUGGGACCUGAAUACAAUAACUUUCAAUUGAUGUCGCUCAACUCCGCCUCUAAAGGAUUUUAUGGCGAGUGAGUGGAGAGGCCACAUUAUGAACAACAGUGCGGCAUAAUUAAUUGUAAAAAUUCUUAUUAUCAUGACUUAUUCUAUUUUAACCCGUGUUUUAUUUGGAGUUUUCGGUAAGAGGCAGGGAAGGAAGGGGUCUUAACGGGUUGUUUGCGGUACACCAAAAAUAUGCUUUAAGAUGUUCAACGCGAAAUUUCUUUACAAGAUUUCUUAGCUUUGGAGUUCGUGAACAUGAUAUUUAUACUACUUUAAUUUGGGCGAAAGAACGAUAUGCAAACGCAGGUUAAAUACCGAAUGACAUGCACGCUCUGAUAAUAAAUGUUUUCUCUCAGCUUAAGAAUCAUUUCAUUUAUUUUACUUUUAUAGGUGUGGUUUGAGGGGAGGGUAUCUUGAGCUGGUCGGAUUUAGCAACGCAGUCAAACUGCAGUUUAGAAAUCUGAUGUCACCAAGUGUUAGUGGCUUGACUAUUGGGCAGGUAUUAUUUCAAGUUUCUUAAUUUUAAACAUGUAGAGAACCUCAUGAUGAAGCACUUAGUCUAACAGGAACAGAACGGUGAGUAAGCCAAACCGUUUGAACGUCUAAUGAAUGUUAUCUCUUUUCACAAAAUGGGAGAUUUCACAUACAGAGAGAAGUACCAAACCAUGCACCCUUACGUAUAUCUGCUGUACUGAAACGGCUUUUUGACUUCUGUACAAGGACUGAAGGGAAAGUGAAACGUUGCUUGAAAGAUAGAAGAACAAAAUCAUGUACUUAGCCUUGCUUGAAUUUUUUUUCUAUUUUCAAGGCUGCCAUAAGUUUAAUUUGUUGUCCGCCUCAGCCUGGAGACGAGUCGUAUGAAACUUUUAUACAGGUUUGUAGCGAAGGUCUGGAUACAGUUAUAUUUGAGUUAACUCCAAGGAAGAAUUAUUUUUAGAGUAAAAUUACUCAUCAAAUCGACUAUAGAUCUAUAAGCCAAUCAUUCAAUAAUCCUCUUUUCUGCGUGUAUUUAUGUGUUUUUUGCCCUUUUUGGGUAAGAAAUACUCGCAAUCAAAGGAAGAACUUUGAAAUAUCAUACUGGUCGUUUAUCUCGCCAAGCAAUAGAAAUCCUUGUGGACAAUGUUCCUUAUGGUACGGUUCCCCUUGGAUGAGGUCCCUUUGUCCUGCAAGCUUUAGUCCCUAUCCUUUAUGGGUACGUGAAGGAUAGGGUUCCUUGUGGACUAAGCUUCCUUUGUACUGUUAACUGCACUUCAUACUCUUUACGGACUAAGUUCCGUUAAAGUAAUAAUGAAUAAGGAUCCCUGUGGAUAGGGUAUCCUAUGAAUAAGAAUCCUUUGUACCGCAAACUAUCGUGACUCUUUACCCUUCGUUGACAGGUCAAGAAUAAGGUUCCUGAGGGAUAAGGUUCCUUAUGGAGAAGGUUUCUUAGGGAUAAGGUUCCUUAAGGACAAGGUUCCUGAUGGUGUGAUUUCCUUUUGAAUAAGGCUAUUCAUGAAUAAGGAUCCCUAUCGAUAAAUUCUCUCAUGGAUACGGCUCCUUUUCCUGCAAACUGCAAUCACAUUUUUUUAAUGGAUGUAAAAUUGUUAAGAUGGCCAUUAAGGGUCGAGUACAGUCAGUCUAACAUCAGUAUGCAUAUUCUCCAUACUGUUCUCUACACGUUUCCUAAUUUGCUGACAGGGUGAAUUUGUUUAACAAUCAAGAGCUUCUUUAGUUAGUGAUCAUUCCCUUUAUUCUCGUGACCUUAAAGUGUGACUCAGGGAUGAUAUUGUAAGGAGAAAUUAGAUGCAAGUCACUCUUAGGGGUUAAAGGAUUAAAAGACUUUGUUAACUGAUUUAGAUUAUAGUCAUGUUUGCUAAAUAAUUGUUACGUAGUUAUACUGAAUAAAGUGAUUUUUUACAAUUUUAAAAUUUCUUGCGUGAAACUCACCAGAGACCAAAAAUCAGUCAAUGAUGGUGAGGCAAACAAACUUCCGUUUGGUUCUAAGGCUCGUAACACAUGUACUUUGAACCUUGGAAACAAACGGCAGUUUAGGCCCGUGUUCAAGAUCUAGACAAGAAGAUUUCGUGACACGAUUAUCACUGUUAAUGCCAUAAAAGCCUAAACUAGCUAAUUGGAAUUUUAUAUUUAAUCGACAUAUUCUAUUUAUAAAUGUACCAAACCAAUUGGCUUAAACCACUUAUAGUUCUUUUCAAUGUUAUUAUUAUUAUUAUUGAUAUUAUCCUAUUUAAUAAUCGUGUAAUUCAAUUUUUUAGUUGCAAAGCGAUUAUAAAUAAACAUCUUAUCUCUACUUAACUCUCUAUCUCUAUCUUACGAAAGACUUCAGUAUAUUUUUACUUUUGUUUUGUAGGAGAAGACGGCCAUUUUGGACUCUUACCAAAGGAAAGCGAAAAUCACCACUUCAAUGUUGAAUUCUUUAGAAGGAGUGACGUGUAAUGAAGUAACUGGUGCCUUGUAUGCUUUCCCCAGAAUUCGUCUUCCACAAAAAGCUAUCGAGGAAGCCAAGGUGAGGAAGUAAGCUGUAGAUGUGACGAUAAGUUUACUCACUAUACUCAGCAGAUGCACAAAUAUAUUUUAAAGGGACGAACCUUCGAGAUGAUACUCAUUAUUUUUUUCUCAGUACGUGAGCAGGCGGUAUUCUACAAAUCCUGCGAUUUAAUUGGUUCCGAGAGCAGGCACUACUCUCCCAUCCGGUACGCUCUCGGCUGAGAGCGGGCGAUAUAUAUCCGCUUCGUGUUGAGUCGCUUUGCAGAACGUCUUUAGCUUCGUUGUAAUUAUUCAUGUUGUUUUGCUAGCUGGGCAGCAUUAAUGAGUAAAGACUUCGAUCACGACCUUUAACCGAUAAAUAACUUAUCAAUUCUCUCCUCUCUUUGUCUCUCUCUCCCCCCCCCCCCUCUCCACCUCUCUCCCUCUCUCAAAUCACUUUGGUUUUUUUCCGCAAAAAUUGAUUUCAAGAUGAUUUUUGUGGUGUCAAAUGUUGUUUUUGAAUAUAUUGACACACGGCCUAAAAACAGUUUGAAAUUUAAUCAUCCUUCAUAAAAAGUAACUCAGAUAAUUGUAACGAGAGGUAUUUGGGGUUAAAAGUUACAUUAAUCAACAUAACUUUCGUUCAUUUAAUAUCUUAAUUCUCCAAAACAGUUUGUUCGUUGUAAAACGUUGAACGAAGUGUUGAAGUCACAUUAAGAUCUCUGAGAGGUUUUGAAGAAACAAAUCGUCGUAAGUAAGGCUGGUAGUCGGUGUUUAGCACCUCAUCUAUUUGUGGACACUACUUUGUCAUUUUCCAAUUCGCGUUAUCCGUGUACUACUCAUCUUUCCUUACUUUUCGAGUUAACUUGGCGUCCAUCAGUGGGAAAAGGGUUGUUAUGAGAACGUCAUUUCUAUUUCUUAAAAUCAUUUCCGUUUCUCUUUAGCGUAAUAACCUUGACCCAGACGACUUCUAUUGCUGGCAGUUGUUGGAAACAACCGGAAUAGUCUCCAUGCCUGGAAGAAAUUUUGGACAAAAGGAGGGAACAUACCAUUUUAGGUCAGUUUUAUUUUUCUGUGUUGUCCAUGAGAUGAGCAGCCCAAAUACUAUCGGUGACAGCACUGCUUUACAAGACAUAACGAGCCGGUCUUUUCCAUCUAUCUUAUUGGACUCUUGAAUAUCUGUUUUUUCCUUAAAAGUCUGAUGGUAAACCUCGGGUAUGAUCAGAGUCUAUACAGUCAUUCAGCAAGAACCAUUCGUUACUUGACUACUGCAUACCAACAAACUAAAUUUGAUUGGUUCUCAUUUCGUUAGAUACUCGCCUAUAUACCAUGCCACCCUUUUUUAAUUUCUAUUUAUGCUCUUUUGCUCUAAAACAUGAUGAGUUUUUAUCUUUUAUCUCAUGGUUUGCAAUCACAGGCUUGCCUCCUUUCCAAUUGCUUUGUUCCCUUUUUUUCCUCCUACAGAUUAACAAUUCUACCCUCUGAAGAAAAAAUUGCCCCUAUGUACGAAAGGCUGAGCAAGUUUCACAAGGAAUUCAUGGACAAGUACAAGGACGACAAAGAAAACUAA